AUGCCUGUUAAGAAGGAACGAGGGAGAUCACUUCAAAUUGAAUUGCCUGUGGCGAAUAGAUCAAAAUCAACAAAUGAAUUUACAAAUCACCAUCUACAACAGCGUAAAAAGUUCGGUCGUCAACAAUCAUCAAAUUUAUUACAAACCGCAAUUAAUCAAAAUUAUAAAAGUGGUCUAACUAGAUCUAUAUCGACUCAUGGUUUACCUAAAAAUCACAAUGAAUUAUCUAAAAAUAUUCCAAUGGUGAAUGACGACACUUUACAACGACCCCAAUUUAAAAGAUGGACUAGUUAUUACAAAAUUAAGGACCAACCGAGCUCAAAUUGCAUUGAAGGUACCGUAUCUACAGAUACUAGUGUGAGUCCUUUAACUAUACUAAAAGAUCAAUAUGAUAUUAAACGUCCAUUGAAAAAUACGCCAACUACACCCAAUAAGCUGUCUCCAAUCUCAAAUAAAGGUAUAAAUAUUCAUACAGACAAUUUAUUUAAAAGUUUAGAAUCAUCAACGAAUGAUUUGGGUAGUACUCCAAAAGAGAUCAGUCAAAAUAAGACAAAGGUAUUAUAUGAUAAAAUGGUAAGGCUAGCUUCCAAUGGCGUCAGUUCGUUGCUAUCGAAUAAUGACUCAGAUAAUGAGAUGGAAUCGUACAUUGAAGCGAAUUCAGAAGAAGAUGACACUCAAUAUCAAUUAGAUUCAACUAUUGAAGAAAAUUCAUACAAUGAAAUUAAAGAUGAAAUAGAUAAGUUUCAGACUAAUUUUAUUAACAAUGUUCAACCGAUCCAAAAUUUAAACAUGAACCGUACUCAGAGAAAACUAAUCGAUUAUAGAGAUUUGUUGAAAGAUGAACCAGAUAAUUAUGAAAAUGAAAAAGUUAUAUGUUUACUUGGUAACAACUAUCGAUGGAAGAUCCAAAAUGAAAUUAUAAGUAAUCAAUUUACAUCAAUCCGAUUAAGAUUUUCAUCAUUUGAAAAUAAGAAAUCGCGGAAAUUAGAUAACAAAAUUGGAGUAAUUGGUUAUAUCAAACGUUACGAAAAUGAGAGUAAAAAUAGAACAAUCAGAGACGAUAAGAUAACUUUUGAGCAAAAAGAUUCAACGCUCAAGAAGAUAUGGGAUGAUGCUUACAAUGAAUGUUUUUCAAAAACUGAACUUGAUGAAAAUGGAGAAAUUUCAAUGUCGAAAAUAGCUGCAAAUGUAAAACUAGACAAUAUGACAUAA